AUGUUAUGUAAAACUCGUUUAAAUACUGUGAAUUCAUUCAUAGCAUUAAAUGAGUAUGCCAUUUCAUUGCUUGAUGAUUAUGUGGGUACCAUGGAGUUUAAGCCAUAUGGAUUCAAUGAUUUGGAUUGUAAAAGCAUCUCCGAUGUUAAAAAAUUAUUGAAAGUGAAACGCCAUAAUGAGACUUGUGGUAAUCAAAAUGAUGUGGGUGUAACAGAAAACGGAAAUUCACUGUCAAAAACAGAAAUUUCUUUAUAUGGAAAAUGUAAAGAAGAAUUUAAUUUCCAAAUUAAGAGAGUUAUAUCAAUAUCAAGGGAUUCGAGAAAACCUACCAAGAAGAUUCCAUAUAAAUUGGUUAAGAAAGAUAUUCUGGUUGCUUUGGAUGCAGUGAUUUCAAAUUAUGUAUUGACUUGUCCUUCAAAGGAUAUAAACGAAAUCACGGAUAUUAUUUUUGCAGGACAAUGUGCAUACGAAAAUUUGGUUCUUAAAAAUAAAAUAAGAACCUCUUGGAGGGAAAAUAUUGAGAAGAGAAUUACUAAAUUCAAAGAGAACCUCACUCUUAUUGCUAAUUUCUCCAGUCUGAAAUCCAAAAGUGAAAAGGAUACGGCCCUGGACUUUAUGUGCUCCUUUGAAUAUAAGAAGUCGAGAAAGGGAGAAAUCACCAGAAUAUGUACGUUAAUUGAAAAUAGAAUAAAAAUCAUGGAAAAAAGGAUUUCGAUUUAUGAGUCACGAAAAUCAUUUAGAAGAGACAAUUUUUGUUUUGAACUCAACAGAAGGAGGUUUUACCGAAACCUGAAUGGUGGAGAAAAUAAUAAAUAUACGUUGCCAGAAGGUGAAUGUUUGUCAUUUUGGGAGAAGAUAUGGAAAAAAGAUGAAAAUCAUAUUGUCACUGAUGUUGUUGGAAAACGUAUAACUGGCAUAGAACAAUCCCCAGUUGACAUCAAACCAGACUUUAUCAAAAGUAUUAUUAACUAUGCGCCAAACUGGAAGACUUCUGGAUGCAAUGGAGUAUACUGCUUUUUUAUUAAGAAGUUUGAAUCUCUCCAUAAUUAUUUAUGUGAUGAAAUUUUGAAAAUUAUUAAUAGAGAUUACUGUCCUGGUCAGUGGUUUUACACUGGGGUUACAUUUCUCAUCCCAAAAAAAGCUUGUUGUGAAUCACCUAAUGACUUGCGUCCGAAUACAUGCAUGCCUAUACUAUACAAACUUGUUACAAAAUGUGUCAACACUAAACUUACAGACUACAUUGAAGCUUUUGGUCUUGUUUCGGAUAACCAACUGGGAGCUAGAAGACAUUGCCAGGGUGCAAAAGAACAGGCUUUAAUAAACCAGUGCAUUAACAAUCACUAUGGAAAUAACUUAUUUGCGACAUGGAUUGAUAUAAACAAAGCAUUUGAUUCUGUUAACCAUGAAUUUUUAUCGCUGGUAUUGGAUUAUUCUGGACUCCCUGAGUGGAUUGUGAAGUUUAUUAAAAGUUUGAUAAGUAAAUGGAAAGUGAUUCUGAAUCUCAAUGUAAAUAGAAUUGGAACAGUGAAAUUAGAAAGAGGAAUUCUUCAAGGAGAUUCACUAUCUCCCCAACUUUUUACGCUGGUAAUGGAUCCGUUGAGCAGGAUACUAAAUCACAAGUUUCCUAAAAUCUGUAUUGACCAUAAUGACCCGUCUCAAAUAACAUACUCAACUAAUCAUCUGCUAUUUAUUGAUGAUUUGAAAAUACUUGCUGAGAAAGAAAAUACGAUCUUGAGGAUGAUGGAAAGUAUUGAUGAAUACUUCAGUGUUGUUGGUCUCAGGAGGAAUUCUGAAAAAUCUGCAACCAAUCUGAAUUAUGUUAAAGAAACUAGAAGUCUUGACGGAUAUGAUGGAUAUCGAUAUCUGGGAGUCUUGGAGGAUAAAGGAAGCAAUGUAUUGAAGCAUGAAGUUAUGAAAAAAAUUGCAGAAAAUGUAAAGAAGAGAAUUGAAAGCUUAGUGAGCACGAAGCUAAAUGCAGUGAAUCUAUUCAAGGCGAUUAAUGAAUAUUGUCUAUCACUUUACAAUUACUAUAUUGGACUAAUUGACAUUGAGCCACACGAGUUUCAAGCCAUUGAUACCGAAGUUCGAAGGAUUCUAUCUAAUUUACAUGUUCAUCUGAAACCUGCAAAUAAGGAAAGAUUAUAUAUAAGCAGAUCUAACCUUGGAAGAGGACUUAAUUCAAUUGUCCAUAAAAGUGAAUGCAUGUUAUACCAAUUUUUGACUGAUCUUGAAAGAAAGUCUGCAAUGUGUCUCAGAAAGGCUGGAAUCUAG